UGAUUGAGAGGCCUGGGAAGCUUCACCCAAGGCUGAAAGGGGGAGGGUGGUGGGUGGGGCCUGGGCUGAUAUCUAAUGAAAAUUUAAACCCCAGCUAUGGCUAUUAUAAAGAAAAGAAAAGUGGCUGAUGAUAAGCAUGUAGCUCCAAAGGACAAUGUAUAUAAAAAUAUGCAAGAAUCAAAGGAAACCCACAUAUCCAAUCACCUGGAUGAAAUUGUUGCUGCUGUCAGCAUUACACCUAGAAAGAAGAUCCAAAACAAGCUGCCUCAGACAGCACUAUUCCAGCCUCCUCGAGAGAAACUCCACCUCUGUGAAGAGAAAGCGAAGUCUUAUUCUAGCAGUCACGAAUAUGAACAGGCUGUCCGCGAGCUUGUACGCUGCAUGGCGCUGACGAGAAUUUGCUAUGGUGACUCACACUGGAAACUAGCAGAGGCACAUGUUAAUCUGGCCCAAGGCUACCUCCAGCUGAAAGGACUGUCCCUGCAAGCAAAACAACAUGCAGAAAAAGCCAGAGAAAUCCUCACCAACUCCAUCGUGCCUCCCUAUAACGACAAUACAGAUGUUUUCAAGUGUUCGAUUGAGCUAUUCCAUACCAUGGGGAGAGCCUUACUCUCCCUUCAAAAGUUUAAAGAAGCUUCCGAGAAUUUGACAAAGGCAGAGACACUUGCAAAGGAGCUGCUGCAAUGUGGAAGGAUUGUAAAGGAGGAAUGGAUAGAAAUUCAAGCACGGAUCAAAUUGUCAUUUGCACAGAUGUAUCAAAGUCAGAAGAAAUCAAAAGAAGCCCUGCCCCACUAUCAAGAGGCUUUAGAAUACACUGAGAUCAGUCGAGGUGAAAAAAGUCUUGAAUGUGUACCGAUAUUGAAGGAAUUGGCAGGUGUAGAGCGAGCCCUGGGAGUUCAUGACGCAUCCAUCAACCAUUUUCUACAGGCGCAUCACAUCGUGCUGAGCAGAAACCCCUCUCAAGAAGAGGCAGCAGUCUCUGCACAUUUGGUCGCCCGCGCUGCCGUCGCUUCCGGGGGGAUCGAACACCACGAUGUGGCCAAGCAGUAUUUUCAAGAGAGCAUGGCUAAUCUUAAGGAUGCUGAAGGGAUGGGAAAAGCCAAAUUUCUUUCAAUUCAAGAUGAUUAUUGCCAUUUUCUACAAGUCACCGGACAAAAAGAGAGAGCAAUCUCCAUCCUGAGAGAGUCCCUGGAAGCCAAAGUGGCCGUGUUUGGUGACCUCAGCCCGGAGGUGGCAGAGACAUACCGGCUGUUAGGUGGGGCCGACCUGGCACAGGGGAACCAGAGUGGGGCCCACAAGAAACUAAAGAAGUUGUCCUGGAGAAAGAUGGUGGUAGCUUGCUCCAAGACAGUGGCCAGGGGCUGGAGCAAGGUCGUGGGGGAGUCGAGGGAUGCCGAUAAGGAUGUAGAACCCACGGCACGUGGCAACUCAGAGGAAUGACUGCUAAGGGAAGCAGUGCACAGCGAGCAGCACUCUUGCAGCUACCGAACCUGCCUGGAUUUUGAGGGCGAGGCUUCGUGACACGGCACCCCCCACGAAGCAUCCUUACCAGAGGUGUCAGUUGCUGACGGAUCCCUGGAGCCCUGUGGUCCAGCCGUGUCUUCAGGCUCCGUAUAAGAACUUCCUCAGUUGAACUGUUUGUCCUCUUGUUUGAUCAUUCAUCUAGCAAAUAUCGCCCCUACUCACGUGUCAGGGAAUGUUCUGGAACCUGGGGCACAAAGGCGAGCAACACAAAUGUGGCCCCUCUGGGGACAGCUUGCAGGCCAGUGUGGAAGCGGGUGCUACCUCUUGUCUUUCUGCAGGGGGUAGAAAGCUUCUUGUUUGGUAUUUAAGGAAUAAUAGAAACACAAAUGACUUCUCCCAACCCCUGCAGAUAAAAUCAAAGAGCGUAACAGCAAUAUAACAGUUCCCCAAAAUUCAUCUGGAUCCUGGAAAUUCCAGGGGUUUUGUCCACUUAGAGAAAAAUGAGAAGCACCCUGUACAGGCUGAUUUCAAAUAGGAGUGCACUGGCCUUGGAAGAAGAAUCUGGAGAGCACAAAAUACCUUUUAUUUAUGCUGUAGAAUAUUCCACCACCGGGAUUUGGGAUUCUUCACUUAGUUCAGAGGGUUGUUUAAAAUGCCGGGCUCCCAGUAGGUUCAAAUAACAUUUAUUGACUUUGUCUCUGACAGUGUCCAUAUUUUUAACAAAAGAAUCGAAAUAACCUGUUUCACACAAAAAUGCUUAAGCAAAUUUAGCUAAGAGCAGCAGAGCACUGAAAAAUUCAAUUUAUGUUUCUUAGGUAAAUACACAGCUAUGUAAAACAUUUCCUAGUAAGGUCAGUAAGGGGGUUAUUUCACUAUUUAAAAUUUUCUGAAUCAGGCUUCUGGCUCUGAGCUGUCAGCACAGAGCUGACGCCAGGCUCGAACCCACAAACUGUGAGAUCAUGACCUGAGCUGAAGUCGAACGCUUAACUGACUGAGGCACCCGGGCGCCCCUCACUAUUUUAAAAAGGUAGCUCUUGAAAACUAUUCCAGCUAGUAGGUGAACCAUUCUUUCCUGAUGUGGUGCCUGGUAUGGUGUCCCUGGGCACUGUCCUCUAAAGGAGAUUAGGUAGGGGCUGAGGACCCAUUUCCCUCUCCUAGUUGGCAUCCCUUUACAUCUCUUCUCGCUUCAGCUAGAACUGGGGGAAAAUCUCCUUAAGGAGGAUAAGUAGCCUUAAAAAAAAACAAAUCUAUUAAUGCCAGGAAGAGAAGAAUCUUGACUGCCAGGGUCUAGGGAGUAGGGACGGGGAUGGGCUGACCUCUCUCUGGGCUUGAUUAUUGAUUAUGACCUUCUCUCCUACCUCCAGUCUCCCUACACACAUUUUUCCCAGGGACAAUGACCAGCACACAAGGUCUGGAAUGGAGGUGGUUAGUAGAACCAAUGAGAAUUGGUAUAAGCACCGUCAAUUGCCCUGUCCUUGUACCUAGAAAUCUGAAAAAGUUAGCUACUAGUAUGUUUUUCCCUAGAGAAUGAGGGGCCAGAGAGAAGCUUCAGUAACCCAAAGGGUAGGAUGGAUAUCCCUCCUGAGUUCUGGAUUUUGGAGGCCCUCUGUUAAGGCAGGGUAAACCGAGACCUCAGACCAUCUCAAAUAAUGAUUAUAAUGUCAGUAAAAUGCUAAUGUCUCAGUGAAUGAACUAACACCGAGACAUCAGCUCAUCUCAAAAUGAGCUGCAAGGGAGGUACUCGUAGAUAUGUAAACAGAGAAGGCAGAUGAGUUUAAAAUGAGACCUGAUCUUUCACACGGAGUUAAGGUAUUUCUGGCCAUGUAGGGGAAAAUGAAGUCUGUCCUGGCAAGAACGUUAGCCCUGGACAGUGGCCUCUCACUGCCAAGCAUGAAUGAGGGGAAAGCCUGCUUGCUUCCUGUUUUCUGUCCCUGCCUGAGCACCUCCCUUGCUGGACCCUGCCUGGAGACGCCCCCAGGCUUCCAGCAGCUGGGAGCCACGUGGGAGAGAAGGGCGGGAAGAGUUUACGUCAAGUGUCCUGGGUGUUGGAAACCUGUCCCCAAAAGCAACACAGAACUUUCUCAGAGUUCCUUAAGUUUCCCAAGUUCAUAGCAGUUUAUCCGUGGAUUAAAGCAGAGCUGGCCCAAACCCAUGGAAAGAGCAGCAGGCCAGGCCAGGUCCCCCAGUGCGGAUUCCGAAAGCCUGUGGCUUAUUUGGGUGGAGGGGGUGGGAUUUUGGAGCAUUUGGAUUAUAUGCUAAAUGGAAUGACAGAACAAGUUUGCUACUUCCUUGGUAUUACAUAAUUCAACAAAGAGUGAAGGUCUGUUGUUUCAAAACAAAAACAAAAAACAA